AUGAUUUUUGGAGAAUCUUCUAAGAUUACUGGGAUUGCUGAGUCUGAUGCGCGGCGCCAGCUGCAGGGUCAGAUGCGUUCGGCUUGGGGUUUAUCCAUCGCUGAUCCUCAACACGGACUAAAAGCUCUGGGAUGGUCAGAUUAUGAUCCUGAACUUCGACCCUUGCUGGAAUCGGUCUUGAUAAUCAUCCAAGCAUGUCUUUGGGACCACGAAAGGCUCCGGUCAGCGAUGUGCAACUCUGCUAGCGCAAAUAUGAGUCAACUCAAUAUUGCUUAUGCCAGGUACUUUUAG